UCCCAAGAUGGCGACGGUGGCGGAGCUGAAAGCGGCCCUGAAGGAGGCGCUGGGUCGGAGCGGGGCGCUGGGGCAGGUGCGCGCCCGCGUCCGGGCAGAGGUCUUCGCCGCGCUGGACGACCCGGGCGAGCCGCGCCCCGCCGCCCCCCGAGAGACGCUCCUGCUGAACGAGCUGAUCCGCGAAUACCUGCAGUUCCAGCGCUUCCACUGCAGCGCCUCCGUCUUCCUGGCCGAGUCCGGCCAGCCCGAAAUCCCCUUGGACCGAGAUUUCCUCGCCAAGGAGCUGCACGUCGUGGAGGACACCAGCAGCAGAUCCGUGCCACUUUUAUAUGGAAUUCUAACUCAGCUGUUACAAGGCAGCGAAGAGAAGGCCCCCCCACACGUCCCCCAGAGGCCCCUCGGUGGCACCUUCAAAGUGGACCACCAGAAAGCCAUCUAAUUGAAUGAGUACAGCACACGCGAACCGACAGACCUGUGUAUAUAUUAAUAAUACUUUAUUAAAGAUAUAUGCUGCCUGACUCUCGAGUGACUUUGGGCCGUUCAGAAGUUACAGGGAAAUCAGUGAACGGUGGAGCCAAGGGUCUUCCUCACCAAACACCUGGGAGAAGAGCUAAGGCUCUUUUAAACAACGCUUGUCUGUCUUUGAGUCACCACAUUGCAGUCUGUGCUUGGACACUGAUGCGUUAAUGGCUUUAUCUUAACUUUCAGAAACUGUUGCAGACUCGGAACGUGGUGUGAGGCUUUUGAAGAUACAUGGGUUUCACAAGACAUCCAUAAAUAAAGUAACCGCAUUUUUUUAUGAGUA